CUCACCUCCCAAAUUGAAAUCCUCCUCCCUCCCCGCCUAGGGUUCCGCUUCCUCCCCCGUCCGAGCACCACUCAAGCGGCGGCAGCAGCGGUGGCAGCCUGGAAGCAGUCCCAUCUCGUCGCCCUAGACUUCCCUGCCGCCGCACGUCUCAGUUUCUUGUUCGCCCGCUCUCCUGCCGGUCCGCCCAUCGCCUGAGGUUCUUACGGUGCCACGGAGUUGGCAACUGCAAGGAGUGAUAUUGUGGUACAACACUAGUUCUAAUUGAAGUAAUAAGGCGGGGGUGAAACUGUCUGCUACCAUUGCUUCCAUGGCAACUAAUGAGAACCUCCCGCCAAAUGUCAUCAAGCAAUUGGCUAAAGAACUGAAGAACCUUGAUGAGUCACCUCCAGAAGGGAUUAAUGUGAUUGUCAAUGAUGAUGACUUCACUACUAUUUUUGCUGACAUUGAAGGCCCUGCUGGAACUCCAUAUGAGAACGGAGUAUUCAGGAUGAAGCUAUUAUUGUCACGCGAUUUCCCUCAAUCUCCCCCAAAAGGGUUCUUCUUGACUAAAAUUUUCCAUCCUAACAUAGCUACUAGUGGUGAGAUAUGUGUAAACACACUGAAGAAGGAUUGGAAUCCUGGCCUUGGAUUAAGACAUGUUCUUCUGGUUGUGAGAUGCCUUCUGAUUGAACCAUUUCCUGAAUCUGCACUUAAUGAACAAGCUGGGAAGAUGUUACUUGAAAAUUAUGAGGAAUAUGCACGACAUGCAAGGUUAUACACUGGCAUCCAUGCCCUUAAACCUAAGAAUACGUCCAAGACCGGAGCUAUAUCUGAGUCAACCACAGCUCUGAAUGUCGACAAGUCAAGUACUGCCUCUAGCAAGAACACACCAUCGAUGCCACCGGCGGUAUCUACCUCCAGUGCAUCCAGAGCAUUUGGUACGAGUUUGCAGGAUCAGAACCCCACUGUUUCUGAUCCUGCUGUAGGAGCUGCGGCGGCACGAAAGAAGGAUGGCCCAAUGGCUUCCAAAGUUCCUGUGGAUAAGAAAAGGCUGGAUGCGCGGAAGAAGAGCUUGAAGAGAUUAUAGGCGGAACGUCCUGGGAAGAAGAGAGAGGGUUUAGAGUUCAGAAUUUUUAUCGGAAACUCAGCAGAUGCUUAUUUAAGCUGGGAGACAAACAAUUAGGGGAGGAGAGGCAUCUGAUGACCUGGCUUUCGGGAGAAGGGGGUCCGGGGCGGGGCCAAAGGUGAAUAAUGUGAAGCAACUGAGUCCUUCGGGACAACUGUAUGUGCAAUGCCCAAUCAUUUGGAAGAACACUUGCCUAUUUCUUUUUGUUGUCUCUCCUUGUCUGCAUUCAAUCAGCAUGCAUGCCUGCCAUUUGCGAGC